AUGACUUCAACCGCGCGAAAUGCUACUCUGAAUGUCACUCCGACUGCCACCCCAAGUCCGGCUAUAACGAAACCCUCAAGGACCCGCUAUGCUGUCGCCAUAUUUAUUGGCUCGAAAUUUUAUUUAAAGGAAGGUGCUGAGGAGGACGACGACCAUGUGUUCUAUGUGGGAGCUCGGACUUUGGUUUAUCAGCUGCUCCAUGCAAAGCGUACAAAAUUCAGUAGUCCAGUUUCUGUUGUGGUUCUGGUCAACAAGGCGGUGCGCGAAAGCAAGCGUCAGCGACUACGGGAUGACGUCAAUAAGAACGCGACACUUCCACUUGACCCCAACUUGCCUCCGAUUCCUAAUAGCUAUGUUCUAGCUUCGACGCCCGACAUUGCUUAUAGGCCAUUUGGCUUUCCUCCUAACCUAGCCGCUGAGGACAAACGCGACUAUUUUAGUGCUGGCGUUAUCGUGCUCUCACCUUCGACAGAACUCUACAAACUUUAG